AUGAAAGUUCUACCCGUUGAAGACAAGGCGAGGGUUGGCGACGAGCCGGUUGUAAUCGAUGUACCAAAAUCGAUAAGGGACGAACUAAACAGAGGCUGUCCCCUUGGUGUUUCGCGAGUGAUUGAUCUAGUUUAUAUAUGUGGCGCCCACGCAUUACCAGGAGCCGUCAAGACGUUGCGGCCGAAUCUGGUAGUCAAUGCUGCUCCAGAACUACCGCCCCCACCAGAAGAUUACGUACCGAGGCAUUAUGUACCACUGCUGGAUACACCCAAUUCAGACAUGCAUCCGUAUAUGGAGAGCGUUGCUGACUUAAUUAAUGAAGUAGUAUCAAGCAACGGGGCGGUGCUAGUUCACUGUGUUGCCGGCGUAUCAAGAUCUGUCACAUUAUGUCUAGCUUACCUCGUCAAGUGGAAUAAAAUGACGUUAAGAGAUGCUUAUCAUCACAUGAAACAAAGAAGGCCUCAAAUCAGACCGAACACUGGUUUCUUCAAGCAGCUCAUUAAAUUCGAAGAGAGAUUAUAUGGUGAAGCCUCCGUCAAAAUGGUGUACUGCGAAGCGAUUGAUAAGGAAAUUCCUGACGUCUACGAACCUGAUUACAGGGGCAUGACCUGGUUCAGACAACGUUACAACUCGUCAGUGUGUACUGGGCUUAAGCCAUUUCUGAUUGCAGAAAGAUUUGUUAUAAGACUGAAGGAAUAG